GGGUCAAAACAUGGACCUAUUACAAUAGGUCCAUGGUCAAAAGGAGGAGGAAUGGGAGAUAGGGCGCCUUCUUCAACGCAUAAAUACUGGCCCAUAAUUUAAUCAUGCAUAACCCCAUCCCCUUCCCCGAACCCCACACACCCUUUCGGCUGGACAUGCCCGUGAUUUAUGCCAUGAUAGUGUAAUUUAGGGUGCUGAUGUAAUAAAAAGUCGAGGAUUUGAGAUACGUAGUCAAAAUUUCUUCUCCGGCUCUACUUGAAGUAUAUCCAAUAUGAGAGCUCUUCUGCUGCUUUUUCUCCUCGUUUCCUUCGUGGUUUUCGUCUCUGCGAAAUAUGAAGGACACCAAGUGUGGCGGAUGAAACCAACAACAGAACGACAAAUGACAUGGCUAAACUAUAUUGAAGAAAAUAUGGAUGAGUUUGACUUUUGGACCAGCGUUUCAAGAAUUCCUGGCCGCCAUGUCGACAUUAUGGUGCAACCCAACAGCCAGAUCAAUUUGCGCAUGCUCCUCAAGCAAGAAGAAUUAGACUUUGAAAUCAUGAUUGAUGACGUCAGCACACUGGUGGCCAAUCAGAUGGACGAGAUUCGAACCAGACGUGAGAGUGAACAUUCCUUCGGGAUACGUUCAACUUCCUUUGACUACAAUAAUUAUCACGAAUAUGAAGAGAUUAAACAAUGGGUACUCGACACAGCUAAUGAAAAUAGUGACAUCAUCACUGCGUUUUUGCUCGGAACCUCUUAUGAAGGAAGAGAUAUCUACGGCUUAAGGAUCCGCGGUACUGGAAGCCAGAAUCCCUACCCAAAAGCUGUCUGGUUUGAGGGCGGUAUUCAUGCUAGAGAAUGGAUCUCACCAGCUACAGUCAUGGGGUUUACACACAAGCUCAUCGAGGAAUACCGUUUAGGAGAGUCUGUUGCACGAAUGAUGUUUGAUAAUAUAGACUGGUACAUUGUACCUUCACUGAAUGCCGACGGAUAUGUCUAUACAUGGACUACGGAUCGUAUGUGGCGCAAGACUCGGUCACCAAACACAGGAUCUGUAUGCGUUGGGACUGAUCCAAACAGGAAUUGGCCUUUUGAGUGGGGCGGCAUAGGAGCUAGCGACGUUCCUUGUUCCCAAACAUACAUGGGCUCUUCGGCUGGCUCAGAGAUCGAAGUCGAGAACGUCGUGAAGUACUUGCGGGAAAGGAAGGCCGAGGGACAGGACUUCUUGGCGUUCAUUGACUUCCACAGCUACUCACAGCUCAUCAUUGCACCUUGGGGAUACCUGGAGGAAAACUAUUACACUGACGACUAUGACGACCAGAUGGCGAUGGCCGACGAAAUGGCAACCGCUAUAAAGGAAACACAUCGAAAGACAUAUGAUCAUGGAGUUGGCGCAGAAAUCCUCUAUUCUACCUCCGGCUCAAGCAAAGAUUUUGGAUACGCCCCAUUUACGACCGACGCAACGAACUCGGGUAUAGGGGCCAAGUACUCCUAUACCAUAGAACUACGCGAUACAGGUCGAUACGGGUUUGCUCUUCCUGCUAAUCAGAUCCAACCUUCUUAUGAAGAGAUACAUGCUGCUGUCAGAGCUAUGGGAACGCGACUUCUCACCGAACUUGGCCUUUAAUUUUCAUCAAGAUUGUGGUUGAAAAAGAACUGAUUUUUUCUUUAUCGAUUAUAGAUUGAUUGGAUUUACAAUAUGCUAUUUCGAUUGGUUUUUAUUCGAUUUGAUUAAGUACUCAAGUACUUUUACAGUUUGUAGAUUUGCCAUUUAAGGAAGAGCUAUCAUACAAGCUUAUGUGCAUUGUGAGGGAAUCUGUCGUAAUAGCGGGUUUUUUUUGUUGGGUAGUGAACACUCCAUCUACAAUAUCUCAGCAUUUCCAAAUCAGAUAGCACACGAUUUCAAAUAAUUGAUUUUUACGCACGUAUUUAUUGGUUGUGACAAUUAAUAGUACGUAUAGAUGAGUGGUUUAGAAAGAAAAGAUGGAUACCCCAGUCUCCCACGCAUUCCUAAGUAUUAGUCGAUUUCAUACAAUUCUGAUCUUUUAUCCGAAAUACAAUCUCUUUUUGAACGAAAUAUAACUAAAGAACCAGAAACCAAGAGUGCUAAUACCACAUAGCGUCGGUAUCGCUGUCAUUGAUUGACGAAGUUUUACCAAUAAUUGAAAACGAGACUGAAAAUGCCAUUUUUAUUUGUAACCAAUCAUUAUUUGAAUUUGGAUCUUUGCUAGGCGUAAUUGUAAUCUGGGUUCCAUGGUGAAGAAAGAAUCGGCGUAGAGGUUUCACGGUACACCAUGUAUUCUUUUGUGGGCAUGACUUGCGUUAGUCCAAAAAAAAAUGACCACCCACACUCCUAACUAUGGAAACUAUAUUUCUGAUAGCAGUAUGACCUAUUAACUUGAUAUAAGUGCUAUAAAUUUAUCAAUAGAUGCAAAAUAAUUUUAUGUGUAAUCAUGCAGUUGAUCAGCUUAUUAAAUGAAUUAAAGAAUUGCAUUUAAAUUACAAGACUUGGAAGAGUUUCAUGAGCCUGUUUGUAAUUGAAAGUUCUGCGCGAGUCAGUUUGUGAAAUUAUGGAACCUAAUGGUCCGAAUUCUCGAAAGGUGGCUAACUUAGCCCAUGGGGGAUAGUUAGCCCAGUGGGCUAAGUUAGCACGGGCUACGUUAGCCACCCUUCGAGAAUUCGGGCAAAUGAGGUGUAAGGGAGUCUUGGGGGGCACCUCAUUAUUAUUAUUAUUUUUUUUUUUUGGGGGGGAAUGCUCAUAAUACGUUAAUAAAAUAAAAAGGAGAGGAGAUGAGACAAGGAGGAUGGUAGAAAAGGGUAAAAGGGAAAAGAAAGGAAAGGGGUAGAAAUUUAUUUUAAAAAGGUAAAAUAUGUAGCAUGAAGGUAAUCAUUCUUCCGAACGCUACCGAGCACACUCUGCUCCUAUCGCAUUGUAACUGAGCCAAUGUCGCCUGUAUAUUGAUUAUAGACGUUAGCAUCGGGUAUGCAUUAUGUCGAUAAAACUGCUAUGACAUGUAUUUUGUUUAAUAUUAGUAACUGCAAAUUUCACCUUUAUUUAUAUACGAGGUUCAUUUUCAAGAGAACCCAUUAAUAUCGUACCCAAUUGGAUAUUCAUUUGUGUCGACUGAGAUAUUGGCCGAAACGAUACAUUUCUCUUUACUCAAUGCAUAGAUCAACAACAAUUGAAUUCAAUAUUAGGUGAAUAGUCAUAGAAAUGAUAUAGUUUCAACAGUCAGGGGGGCUUAUUAAAGACAUGCCCAAAUAUUGAAAUCCUACGAUUUAAAGAAAAUGUCGCUUGCUUCGAUUUUUUGAAGGUAGAAACCGAAAUUCUUCGGCCGACGCAAUACCAAAAUUUUAUAAUUAUUUUUUGAAAGAGAUGUGUGAUAUGAGAUGGGUGGUAUCGAUGUCGCACUGGCAAAUGAAGUGUUUUGCUCACAAAGUAACACGUUCAUGACGUUGACAGUGAAAAGAGAGCAUAUGUUCCUCUCUCGUUUCGCUCGCUCAUAUAUCUUCAUAUUAAGAUUUUAUGGACGUGGAAACAAACGGAUUAAGCAAGCGAAGUGACCUGAAUGACCUAAAUUAUAAUUUGGAUUUUACAGGCCCAUUGUGCAUUAUAACGAUGAAUCAUACCACCACCAACAAAAAGAGUUAUUUCCCUCGAUCGCUGCGCUCGCUCAUAAUGGGCCCUGUAUUUAGAAUCGGGAUGGAUACGGGAAUAAAUUGAUUCUUCGGGAAGCCAAGUGACCUUGACGAUAAUGUAUAAAGAUUAUUAUCAAUGUGUUCUCUCAAGCGAAAAUCACUUCUUAUACCCUCAAAUUGAUAGAUCUGGGAAAUUAUGAAAUAUUGGAGAAAGAAAGCGAAUGUCUUCACACCAAUCAGAGAAAUGGCUGCACGGAGUAUUGAAUCAUCCUUGAUCAAUUUCACUUGUUGGAAUAUCUUUUCAGUUCAUUUGAAAGUAUUGUUCUAAUUGAGGUAUCGUGCUUUGGCACGAUUACAGAAAAUCACUGCAUUUGAUUUAUCUCCAAUUCAAAGGAUUAACGUACAAUCAUUAAAGAGAAAAGGAUAUCAUC